GCUUCACUCAAGGUUGUGGGUGCUUAGUUAGCUUCGCACGGCCGGCUCUUCUCCCAUCGAUGGCGCGCCUCCUCGCUCUCGCCGUCACCGCCACGCUUCUCAUGGCUCAGACAGGGCAGCUGGCGUCUGCCGCUCGGACGUCGCCGGGGGAAGCGGAGGCCUUCUGGCGCGCUGCCCUGCCCAGCUCCCCCACGCCGGACGCCAUCCUCGAGCUUCUGCACCACGACACCGGCGUUCCGGACGGCGCGGUCGAGGCCGCAAACGACGAUGAUAAACCGCCCAUGAACUUCGACUACGACGACUACAGGGCUCUUCCCCGGAGAGAAGCCACCCCUGCCCCAUCUCCUGACGUGCUGCUCCGCGCCACCGUGCGUGACGAGGAGACGGUGUUCUUCCUCGAGGACGCAGUGCGCAUCGGGGAGAGCCUUCCCUUGCACAGCAGCACCAAGCUAGCCACCGCCGCCGCCUCUGCCGGCGAGGCGUCGGAACCACUGCCUCUCGAGCUGUACACCGUCCGCUCCGUGAGGGCGGUGGAGGGGUCCAGUUUCGUCGUGUGCCGCGGCGAGCCUGGCUACGGCGCCGUGUACGGGUGCCGCGCCACCGGCCCGGCGAGGGCUUACGUCUUGGCUCUGGCCUGCAAGCGCGGGGACGCGGCGGUGACCGCGGUCGCCGUGUGCCGCACCGACACGUCCCAGUGGGACCCGGAGCACGCGGCGUUCCGACUCCUCGGCGUGAAGCCCGGCGGCGCUGCGGUGUGCCACGCCGUGCCCGAUGCGCUGGUACUCUCGGCUAAGAACGGUAAGCGCCACGCUGCGAAUUAAGUGCCCAACGUCCACGGCUCCGGCUUCUCGAUGAAAAUCGAUGAAAAACGUAUUUGUAUGUCGUGAUGCAAAAUUUCUUCCAAGAACUGUAUAACGUUCAUUAGUAUAGCUGUUGUAUUAUUUGUUUGUUCCCAUGUAUGUUGCAGUGCGCUCUCUACAGUGAUGUAUGGUAUACUUAAAAUAAAGGAUGCAUGUUAAUUUG